AUGUUUCAACAAACACAGAUAGAAAAUGAGGUGUUUCUUUGCAUUAGACUUCAUGACUGUUUUGUUCAAGGGUGUGAUGCAUCGAUUUUACUCAACAACACAGAUUCGAUAGUGAGUGAGCAAGAAGCCCGGCCAAACAAGAACUCAAUAAGAGGUUUGAAUGUGGUGAACGACAUGAAGACAGCGGUGGAAAAUUCUUGUCCCAACGUUGUUUCUUGUGCAGAUAUUCUUGCCCUUGCAACUGGAGUCUCUUUGCUUCUGAGUGGUGGUCCUGGAUGGAAAGUUCCAUUGAAAAGAAGAGAUAGUCUAACAGCAAGCCAAACACUUGCAAAUCAAAACCUUCCUGCUCCUUUCUUCAAUCUCACUCAACUUAAACAAGCCUUUGCUGCUCAAGGUCUCAGUACUACUAAUCUAGUUGCACUCUCUGGUGCUCGUACAUUUGGUCGAUCCCAUUGUUCUUUCUUUAGUGGUCGAUUGUACAAUUUCAAUGGUACUCAGAAACUUGAUCCAACUCUUGACACGACUUACUUAAGGUUGUGUUCACUUGAGGAGAAAGAACUAUUUACGCGUGUUUAA